AUGUACGGGGAUAUUGGACAUGGUUUCAUUUUGCUACUCUUUGCCACCUGGAUGGUGUGGAAUGAACGAAAACUUGCAAAAAUAAAGGAAGAAAUCUUCAGCAUAUUCUUUAGCGGUCGCUACAUUAUACUGCUCAUGGGAUUAUUCUCUAUCUACGCAGGCCUCAUCUAUAACGAUGUCUUCAGCAAGUCUAUAAAUCUCUUUGGCUCUGGCUGGCUCAUCCAAUACAACACCAGCACAGUGCUGGGCAACACUGAACUGCAGCUAAGCCCCGCUACUAAGGAGCAUACCUAUGCAAUGGGAUUAGACCCUGUCUGGCAAUUCGCCGAAAAUCAGAUUGUUUUUCUGAACUCCUACAAAAUGAAGCUAUCAAUUAUAUUGGGAGUAGCUCACAUGUUGCUUGGUAUCUGCAUGUCUGUCGUAAACUUUGUCCAUUUGAAGAAGAAGUUGCACAUUUUGUUCGAUUUUGUGCCGCAACUUAUAUUUCUACUUUUUCUCUUUGGCUAUCUGGUAUUUAUGAUGUUUUUCAAAUGGAUCAAAUAUACUGACAAAUCGGACGAAUUAGCCCUAAAGCCCGGUUGUGCACCCUCUAUUUUGAUCAUCUUUAUUAACAUGGUGCUCUUUGGGCACACAGCACCGCUUCCUGGCUGUGACGAGCACAUGUUCAAGGGACAAUAUGAGUUACAAAUAGUACUCUUGGUCAUGGCGUUACUCUGCAUCCCCUGGAUGCUAUUCGCUAGGCCACUGUACAUUCGACAUCAAAGAAGGCACGGCACCGUCAGCUCUGACGAACCAUUUGGCGAGAUACUUAUAGCACAAACCAUACACACCAUCGAGUUUGUGCUGAGCACGGUUUCUCAUACUGCCUCCUAUUUGCGCAUCUGGGCCCUGUCGCUGGCUCAUUCACAACUCUCGGACGUAUUGUGGAAGAAGAUGCUCAAUUUCGGAUUUAUAUUGCCCCUCGGCUACUUCAAUGUCAUUGCCAUUUUUAUACUUUUUCCUGUUUGGGCUGUGCUUACGUUGGGCAUUCUGGUAGUAAUUGAAGGACUUUCUGCUUUUCUUCACACUAUGCGUUUGCAUUGGGUCGAGUUCAUGAGCAAGUUCUAUAAAGGCGAAGGCUAUAUCUACCAACCAUUCGCUUUUAAGGUUCUUCUGCAAACAAAAGUGGAGUAG